GGGUCUGAUUUAUUUAUUUACAAACAAACGCCACAAUCAAAAUCAAGUAAAAUUUCUACUUUCUCUUAAAUAAUUUAAAGUUUUAAGACUUAAUUUAACUUAAUUUUCGUAUGUAAAUGGCAGAAGACUUCAGCUAUUACGUGUACAUUUCGCUUACGUUGAUUCCAGUGUAUUUGGCCUUCAAACUGGUCCAGUGGAUGGGAUGGGAACUUUUCGUGAACAACUGAUUCUCCAGUGAUGGAGCUAAGAUGUAUUCAAAUUGUGUACUCAGUGCAAGGAACACUCAAACAAUUUGUGCCAUUCCGUGAUCUUUUCAUAGAAGAAAUUAAUAAAAUCUGUUGAAAUGUUAU